AUGCAAGAAGGGCGCCAGAUCAAGGUCGGCAUCCUAGGUGCAACGGGUACCGUAGGCCAGCGCUUUAUCACGCUACUGGCUGUCCAUCCCUGGUUCGUCAUUGAUGCCUUAGGUGCAUCCUCUAGAUCAGCCGGCAAGCCCUAUUCAAAAGCUGCAAACUGGAAGCAGACCACACCUAUACCCGCAACCAUCCGAGAUCUGAUAGUCCACGAGUGCAAGCCGGAGUAUUUUCUGAAUUGUGCUAUCGUCUUCUCCGGACUCGACGCAGAUGUAGCGGGAGAUAUUGAGGCCGCUUUCAGAGCGGCAGAAUUUGCCGUCUUCUCCAAUGCGAAAAACUUUCGCAGGGAUCCUCAUGUUCCCCUCAUCGUUCCUUUCGUCAACCCCUCCCAUCUUUCCAUCAUUCCUCAACAACGAUCUCUUCAUUCGCCACCACUAAAGAAGGGAUUCAUCGUUACUAAUGCCAACUGCUCGACUACCGGUUGCGUUAUACCCCUAGCUGCUCUCGAAAAGGCUUUCGGGCCAAUCGAGUCACUUUUAGUCACCACAAUGCAGGCCAUAUCCGGUGCCGGCUACCCUGGAGUUGCAAGUCUCGACAUCAUGGAUAACGUCGUGCCUUAUAUCGGCAGCGAGGAGGAAAAGAUGGAAUGGGAGACGCUCAAAAUUUUGGGCGGCAUCGCAGACUCGGAUGACGGUCUCAAAACAUUUGACAUGCACUCUCGUCACCCUCUGCGCGUAUCGGCCUCUUGCAAUCGUGUGCCUGUUAUCGAUGGACACACUGAAUGCGUCUCCAUCCGUUUCGCCCGGAGACCCCCGCCCAGUCCUCAGCAAGUGAGAGAGGCUCUCGCGGUGUUCAGCCCUGAUGCCCAGGCUCUUGGUUGUCCCUCUGCACCACGACGAACCAUUGUUGUACAUGAAGAGCCAGAUCGGCCUCAGCCACGGCUCGAUCGGUAUUAUCAAGAUGGUGCUGGAGUGUCGGUCGGACGUGUUCGACAGUGUCAGGUUUUGGAUAUCAAGUUUGUGGUGCUGGCAAAUAAUGUUUCCAUUGGAGCCGCCACAAGCAGCAUUAUCAAUGCGGAACUCGCCGUUCUAAAAGGGGUGAUUUCGGGCUAG